AUGCCGUUAUCGUCAUAUCCACAUUUUUCCCAAUAUUUACAACUUCAACAGCUUCACCAACAGAGAUAUUCAUCAAGAAAUCUUUUACCGACGACACAAAAUUCAGAUUUUGGAAUGAACAGAUCUGGCACAUCAUGUUCUGAAGCUAGUACGGAGGAUACGUCGAGUCCGAGUCCGAGUCCUCCGCUUUCCAUAACCGGAAAUAAUUAUCAUAACACGUCGAAUCCGUCGGAAAAUAAUCAAAAUUCGACGAAAUCUACAAAAUCAUUUACUAUUGAUGCCAUUUUAGGGAUUCGGGAUCGUGAUGUCGAUCGAGAUCAUGUUAAUUACUUACCGAAUAAUUAUCAUCCGAGAUUAGGUUUGAAUUUAACAAAUUCUUCCACGGUGGAAACGACGAAUAAUUAUUCUAAUACUACGUCGUCGUCGUCGUUGGAAUUGUCUACUGCUACUGCGACUACGAGAUUUUCAUCUUCUUCGUCAUCUAGACAUUUAUUAGGUUUUCAAAUUCCGACGGAUUUAAGAACUUCAUCGGAUUUAUCCAAUUUCGGAAGUGAAAUCAACAGGAGACAUUUACAAAAUCAAAUAUCAAAUUAUCAUAAUUCAAAUUGUAACGAUUUGACAGAGGUUUAUUGA